AAUAUCAUGGCCGUUUCCUUCUUACCUUAUUUUCUCAUUCCUUCCUUCUUCUCAGCCAUUUCCCUCACACAAGCAGACUCUGGAAUGAUCGGAGUCAAUUACGGCCGCAUAGCUAACAACCUCCCGUCGCCGGAGAAUGUAGUGAACCUCCUGAAAUCGCAAGGAAUCAACCGUAUCAAAAUCUUCGACACCGAUCAUACCGUGCUAGCCUCGCUUGCCAAUUCCGGAAUCAAAGUAGUCGUCGCUCUCCCCAACGAGCUUCUCUCCUCCGCCGCCUCCGAUCAAUCAUUCGCCGACAACUGGGUUCAAGCCAACAUUACGAAACACUUCCCAGCAACAGAGAUCGAGGCUAUCGCCGUCGGUAACGAGGUGUUCGUCGAUCCGAGCAACACCACGCCGUAUCUCGUCCCCGCGAUGAAGAACAUUCAUAGCUCUCUCGUCAAGUUUAACCUCGACGAAUCCAUCAAGAUCUCCUCUCCGAUUGCUCUUAGCUCGCUGGCUAAUUCUUACCCGCCAUCUUCCGGGAGAUUUAAACCGGAUUUGGUGGAACCGGUUAUUAAACCGAUGCUUGAUCUGUUACGUCAAACGUCGUCGUAUCUCAUGGUAAAUGCUUACCCGUUCUUCGCUUACUCAGCAAACGCCGACAAAAUCUCCUUAGACUACGCUCUGUUCAGAGAAAACGCCGGAAAUGUAGAUCCCGGAACUGGGCUGAGAUACAACAGUCUCUUUGACGCCCAAAUCGACGCCGUUUUCGCCGCCAUGUCCGCCGUCGGAUUUGGCGGCGUUAAGGUGAUGGUGACGGAAACAGGCUGGCCUUCUGCCGGAGACGAGAACGAGAUUGGUGCCAGCGAAUCCAACGCGGCGGCGUAUAACGGUGGGCUUGUGAAGAGAGUGUUGACGGGUAAUGGAACGCCGUUGAGACCGAGGGACCCACUCAACGUUUAUUUGUUCGCUUUGUUUAACGAAAACCAGAAACCGGGGCCCACGUCCGAGAGAAACUACGGGCUGUUUUACCCGAGCGAAGGAAAAGUGUACGACGUUCCGUUCGUCGCCGGGGAAGUGAGGUCAACGCCGGUCAACGGUGACGGAGCUCAGUUUCCGGUGGCUCACGAGGGACAGUCGUGGUGCGUGUCGAACGGAAAUGCGGGGAAGGAGAAGCUCCAGGCGGCACUUGAUUACGCUUGCGGAGAAGGAGGAGCUGAUUGCCGUCCGAUUCAGCCGGGUGCCACGUGUUACCAUCCUGAGUCGUUAGAAGCACACGCUUCGUUCGCCUUCAACAGUUACUACCAGAAAAACGCGCGUCGUGUUGGCACGUGCUACUUUGGUGGGGCUGCUCACGUGGUCACGCAACCUCCUCGAUACGGGGAAUGCGAGUUUCCCACAGGGUUUAGUUAG